AUGAGCUCUGAUCAACUAUCAGCUGAAAUUGAGCCAAGUUUUAGUAACCUUAAGCCUCUUAAAAUGUUUGAAUAUCCUAAUCAAGCAUCAAAUAUGAUAUGGGAUGUAAAUCCGGAUAAUUUUUUACAAAUAACUUCGCAAAUUGUCAAACUAAUCAAAACAAACAAAAUAACUGUUGAAUUAGCAUUUUACCUGGUUGAUGUUUUUUCAUCAAUUCGCUUUAAAGAUAUUAAAUUAUUAGCAGAUCUUUAUCAAAGCAUUUCAAUUGAAUUUUCGCACAUCACCAUCAAACCAAGAAAUGAGAGAUUAACAACUUUACUAUAUUAUAAAGGCAUGCGUUUUGAAAAAUUCGAACCUGAAAUGAAAGAAGAAGAUAUUCUCAACAUAUUUCCAACAAAUUCUAUAUCGCACUACGUUGCAUGGGACAAAAUUGAUGAACUCAAAAAUAAAUUCCCAACUAUUAAUCCUCAAUAUGUAAAUCAAAAAAUGUUUCCUCUUGAUUGCGCAAUUAAAUUUGGAUCAGAGUUGUGUUUCAACUACUUGAGAAAUAUAGGAGCAAAAUAUACCAAAGAUUCCGAAAAAUUUGCCGUCCAAGGAGGAAAUGAAUACAUUUUCAAUCAAAUGAUAGAAGAUGGUAAGACGUUUGAUGGCUUGAUCAACAUGGCAUUGAAAUAUCAUAAUUAUCAAAUUGCUGAUUAUUUAAAAACUGAAUUCGGACAAAAACCUAAUUCAGUAGCACAAAGCAUGCUUUAUGGAAAUUAUGGAGUUGCUUCAUAUCUACUUUCGAAAGGUUCAUAUUCCAAUGAGUAUUAUGGAAUUCUCUUUAUUUUCACAUUUAUCAUUACUUCAUACAAUUCUUUUUCAUUAUAUAAGAUUUCCUAG